AUGUCGUACAAUCCCACUUAUGGUGGCCAAUUUCAAGGGCUCUAUGCAACCUCGCAGAAGACCACAGGAUCUGGAGGCACUUCUAAGGGACCUGGAAAAGCAACAGGAUCUGUGCCUGGUGGGGCUGGCGGGAUACCAGGGUCACCUACGGGCAGCGGUGCAAAUACUGAACCGGGCGAUAAGGUUAUUGUAACGAUUGGUGGCCUAAAGCAUGUAAAGCUAGAUGAGGUUAAAGAUGAUGAUGAGCGGUACUUUAUCACGGUUGGACUUUUCGAAGGCGAUAACCUGAACGAAGUUGUGAACCACAAGCGGAACCGGACAAAACCCGUGAAGGGUCAACGCAUUGGGGAAAAUUACCUCUGUGCCUUCUCUGGGGAAAAGAUAGUUCUGCCGAUAUCAGACCCAUCGAAGCGGUUUUUGCUGUACAUCUGUGUUGUGACAAUAACUAAGGGAACAGACGAUCAGGGCAAGACAUUUAAGGACAUAUCAUUAAUGGGCAUCGGGUUCUCACAGGCAUUUGAAGUCAACGUGUGCAAGAAGUAUCAACAUACCACAGCGGAGCUGCGCCUUGUUGAGGGAGGUGACCCUAGCAUAAACCCGGGAAAGAUUGACGUGGCGAUAGAAGUUUGUAAGAAGGACAAAGGAGAGGCCGUUCCAGAAGACCAGGAGGAGAACAUCAUGGCCCAAUUCCAGGCCUAA